AUGGCGAGACCGUUUUGCGGCCGUCGUCCCCUGUUCCUCUUCGAGGUUACGGCAGUCGCCAUCCUCGCGGCGCUGUUGCCGCUGGGCGGCCAUGCGCGGGUCUGCCCCCCGUGCGGCUCGACGGCGGUGCCGUACCCGCUGAGCACGGCGGACGGGUGCGGCGACCCAGCGUACAAGGUCCGGUGCGCGGCCGGCACGUCGACGCUCUUCUUCGACGCGCUCAACGGCACCUCCUACCCGAUCACCUCCGUGUCCCCGGCGGCGCAGCGCCUCGUGGUCGCCCCGGCGCCGCUGGUGUCCAGCGACACGUGCGUGUCCGUGGGGGCCCCCGCCGGGCGCGGCGUGCAGCUGGACCCGUCGCUGCCGUUCAACGUGAGCUCCUCCAACACCAUCAUGCUCCUCAACUGCACCUCCGCGCUGCUGCGCUCCCCACUCAACUGCUCGUCCAGCUCGCUCUGCCAUGCCUACGCCGACGCCGCGCGGUCGCCCUGCGCGCCGCUGCCGCUCUGCUGCACGUUCGUGGCGGGCGGGUCGUCGACGUCGCACCGGAUCCGCGCGUCGCCCGAGCUCUGUAGCGCCUACACCAGCUUCGUGAACCUCGACCCCGCGCAGCCGCCGGCGACGUGGGGCGGCCGCCUCGGCCUCGAGCUGCAGUGGGCAACGCCGAGGGAGCCGCUCUGCCAGACGCAGGCGGACUGCGAGGACGGCGCCAACGCCACGUGCGCCGGCGACCCGGUCGCGGCCGGCGCGGUGCGGCGCUGCCUGUGCAUGCCCGGGCUCGCGUGGGACCCCGUCGCCGGCGCGUGCCAGCAGAUUCCUUCUGAUUGCGAGCGCGCUGGAGACUGCGGGGGAUCAAACCGUGCGCCUCUCAUCGCAGGGAUAGUGUGCGGCCUGGGCGGCGCCCUGCUACUGAUAGCGGCAGGGCUGUUCCUCUACCGGCGGCAGAGGCGCAUCCAAUUAGCCCGGGAGAGGUUGACCAAGGAGCGCGAGGACAUCCUGAACGCGAACAACUCCAGCGGCCGCACCGCCAAGAACUUCACCAGCCGCGAGCUGAAGCGCGCCACGGCCAACUUCUCCCGCGACAACCUCCUCGGCGUCGGCGGCUACGGCGAGGUCUACAAGGGCGCGCUCGCCGACGGCACCCUGGUCGCCGUCAAGUGCGCCAAGCUCGGCAACACCAAGUCCACGGACCAGAUCCUCAACGAGGUGCGCGUGCUGUCGCAGGUCAACCACCGCAGCCUCGUCCGCCUCCUCGGCUGCUGCGUCGACCUCCAGCAGCCGCUCAUGGUCUACGAGUUCAUCCCCAACGGCACGCUCGCCGACCACCUCUACGGCGCCAUGAGCCAGCCGCCGCUCCCGUGGCGCCGCCGCCUCGCCAUCGCUCGCCACACGGCGGAGGGCAUCUCCUACCUGCACUUCUCCGCCUCGCCGCCCAUCUACCACCGGGACAUCAAGUCCAGCAACAUUCUCCUCGACGAGCAGCUCGACGGCAAGGUCUCCGACUUCGGGCUCUCCCGGCUCGCGGAGCCCGGGCUGAGCCACGUCUCCACCUGCGCGCAAGGGACGCUGGGCUAUCUCGACCCGGAAUACUACAGGAACUACCAACUCACGGACAAAAGCGACGUCUACAGCUUCGGGGUGGUGCUGCUGGAGCUGCUCACGGCAAAGCGCGCCAUCGACUUCGGCCGCGGCGAGGACGAUGUCAACCUCGCCGUGCAUGUGCAGCGGGCGGCGGACGAGGAGCGGCUCCUGGACGUGGUGGACCCAGCAAUGAAGAAUCACGCCACGCAGCUGGAGCUCGACACGAUGAAGGCGCUCGGGUUCCUCGCGCUCGGUUGCCUCGAGGAUCGCCGGCAGAACCGCCCGUCCAUGAAGGAAGUCGCCGACGAGAUCGAGUACAUCAUCAACAUUGAGGCAGGGGCCGCUGCCGUGGAGCCGCAGCAAAACGUAUGA